AUGUCGAAUCCAGCCGUGGUGGUACUUCCUAGUUCGAGCACCAACGGCGUUGAGCCUUCCGGCGCGACCGCCAGCCCGAUGUUGAAGGGCUGGGAUAUUAUCGAGCGCAUCACGCCUUUCGUCCAUGCGGUGGGUCGCGUGGUGGACGACGGCGGGGGCGGUAGGGGUAGCGCCAUUCUCCUAUCCCUCCCGGAGCGAACGCCGCCAUUUUUCCCGCGGGAGGAAAGGGGCGCGGGCACGUUCGCCGUGUUGCUCUCCACGUCGGAGGUUCUGCCGAACCUCCCGGGCGACCUUGCGGGGCGGUGCGUGCGCUUCAUGGAGCAGCCCGUCGUCGGCACCGCGAUCGCGUGGGGGUGGGAGCCCGCCGCCUUUUCGGUCGCCCUGCGCGGCGACGUCGGGAUCGUGAGCUCCAUGGAGGCGGGGAUAUCCGCCGCCGCCGCCGACGACGCCGUGGACGAGAUCGGCUACACACUCACGUACUGCGAGAUCGCCUCGGGGUCGGGCUCGAUCGGGCGGUGGGAUCCUUCCGACCCGCUGGGCGGUAGGGCUUAUGGCGCCGGAAUGGCGCCCCAACGGGGUUCUCACGGAGGGGAGGAUCUUCGCCCAAUCCAACCUUUGCCGCUCCCUUUAUGUCUUUCCUCGGUCCCCCCGGUGCGGAUCGGGGAUACCCACCUUUUGGUAACUCACGUGGAUGGGCUUGAGCGCCAUUACGUGGUCCGGUCCGUCGUCGCGGUAUACGAGGAUUAUUGCGAGUACGCACUGGAUUCCGGGCGACCGCGACUGGGUGAGUUUGCCAGUGGAGGAGCCGUUUUCAACGAGCGCGGUGAUUUUAUCGGCUUGCAGCAUCACAGGAAUGAAUCGAUUUGCAUGUUUGUAGCCUCCAUCGUGCGGCACCUUUUCGAUUCAGACCACCUCGGUAUGUGUAGGCUUCCCAUAUCAGAACCACCCUUAGCCAUCGAAGAUUCAAGCGGGGAUGGCCUCCUGGAUUCGAGUCUAACUCAAACGAGAUCAGCGCCCCUGACGGCGCACACUCCAAGCUACCUCGAAGUUUACGACGAAUUCAUGACGGGCUAUGAUAGCCUCUUGCACAUGUUAAGUGCUUUUUGGUACGCUCCUUCGCUGACGCAAAAAGUCCUUGAGGUGAUGGUGUCACCAAGCUAUGAGCGCGAGCUUCGGACGGCCGUCUCAUCCCGAGUUGUUGGUAUUGUUCUAGGGAUCAUCGACGCACAUCCUCACUUGGAGCCGUUGGUGAACAUCGCGCUUGUAGUACUUUGCCGUCUGUGCGUCUAUGAUCAUAAUUUGCAUGUGUUCAUUCACGUGGGCGGCAUCUCCACGGUGAUGGAAGUGCUGAAGGAGUAUCUCCACCAGCCUAGGGUUCUCCAAUGGGGGGUCUACUGUCUUCUUCGGCUCGUUGAUGAAAGAGCCUCGAUAGAACACCGAGCCACUUCGGUCAAUCUUAUAUUACAGUGCUCUUUUCUUGAGUUUUCGAUGAAUGCACUUCGGGAGCAUGCUAGAUUCGAAACCGCGCAUAUGCAUUUAGUGUCUUGGAUUUCCUUGCUGCUAGCGAACUUGAUCGAUAUGCAGCCUCGCGUGGUGACCUGGCUAGUGCAAAAGGACUUCAUAGCGUUGUGGAUUGAUCUAUUGCGGACUUACUUGGAGGAGGAUGCGGUCCUUCGUGCACUGCUGUUGGUGCUGAAAAGUGUGUUCAAGCGAGUCUCUGGUUCACCUGAACCCUUCUCAGGGAUUGGGAAGAGUUAUUCGUCCGCUGAGCAAGGGAUCUCUAAGCACGAGUCGGAGCCCUUGUCUAAUGAGGUUCCGCUGGAGGGGGCAUCGGAAGGUGCUUCUCUUAGUCGAGGAGCGGAUUCGUGUCCAACGAGCGCGUUUCCACUUCAUGAUGGGUCCACCACUACGGAGAUUUUUUAUACACUUGACACGUCUGACUCCUUGAGCGUGAACACAUUUCUUUUAUACGCGUCAUUAUCGAAGCAGUCGUGCCGUGAUGCGCUGCUGGAUAUCCUUGUCUGCGUCCUUGAAAGGGAGGCGGCCGGACUGUGCAAUCACGAGACGUUGAGUUCUACUGAUAUUGCACUGGAAAUACUCAAGCAUGUGCGGAGUUUAGGGCUGCUGGCACCCACGAAGAACGGCAAUGCUGAGUCGCAGUCAGUGUUUGAUAUUGUGAUGAUGAGGCUUGACAUAGCUUUAUUACAAUUACAGAAGAAGUUGCCAACAAGCGAUGCUUUGCUAAAGAACAUUGAGUGCGCUCACUUGAAUAUUACCGCUUAA